UGAUACCAAAGGAAACGACAACACACACGGACACGGUCCUUAACGCAUAAGAUACACAGAAAAAUUGGCAUCCCCAACCCCAACCCCAACCCCAAACCCAAACCCUACCCUUUUAUAUCUCCAUCAAGACGAGAAAGAGGAGAUGCAGACCAACAACUUUUUCCCCACAAUUAUACUACUUCUCUUAUUGCUCUUGAUCCCAUCAAUGGCGGAAGACUCAUCAUCAUCAUCUGACGCCCAAGUUCACAUUAUUUAUACCGAAAGACCUCAUGACCAGGACCCAGAAGCCUAUCAUAUCAAGACCCUCUCCUCUGUUCUUGGAAGUGAGGAUGCUGCAAAGAAGGCUCUGCUGUACAGCUACAAGCAUGCUGCCAGUGGCUUUUCUGCUAAGCUGACUCCUGAGCAAGUCUCUGCCAUUUCAAAACAACCUGGUGUGCUCCAGGUUGUUGCAAGUCAGAGCGUGCAGCUGCAUGGUGGUGGACGAGGUAGAGGUGCGAGUAUCAACGUUUGAAAGACUAAUGCUUUACUAAUAUCCUACCUCUUCACUGUCUCUUUAUGCCUUGUGGACAACUUCCUGUGUACGUCGGAUGCCUCAUCUAAAUAAGUGGGUAUCUUUUAUGUAAAUAAAAUCCGCUACUAGGCGCGAUUUGUGAGACAUUUCCUAACUGUGUGUAUAACACAGUUAAUACAUACCACCAUUGUAAUGAUCUAAUAUAGUCUGUUUC